CGAAGAGGGGACCUAUAAUUUGGUCCAGACUAUAUAACGUUUCCCAUUUGCUUUUAAAGUUUUACCGAUUGAAAAAGCGAGAGAGGCGUGGAUAUCACCACAACAACAAUCCUCCAUGAGAACUCGAAGAGGCCUCUGUUAUCCUCGUCUUGAUGCCGCCUUCUUUUCCGACAACCGUGUUCGUAAAAGAACACACGAUGCCUCCGCCGACCGCCACUUUUGCAGGAAGAGGAACAAGCUCUCUCCCGACAUCAAAACACCCACUUCCGAUUUGUUUGAUUCCUUGCCGGACGACCUCGUCAUUUCUAUUCUCUCUAAACUCGGCGCCGCCGCUUCCUCUUCCUCCGAGUUCAUCAACAUCUUGCUAACAUGCAAAAGAUUAAACAGUUUAGGACUUAAUCCCAUAGUAUUAUCAAGAGCUUCACUGAAGAUUUUUGCAAUUAGCGCUCGGAACUGGACGGAAUCGGCUCACCGGUUUCUGAAACAGUGCGCCGACGCCGGCAACGUCGAGGCCUGUUAUACUCUCGGCAUGAUUCGUUUCUACUGUUUGCAAAACCGAGGAAGCGGGGCUUCUCUGAUGGCCAAGGCGGCGAUUUGUUCCCACGCGCCGGCGCUUUACUCACUCGCUGUCAUUCAGUUUAACGGCAGUGGUGGCUCCAAAAAUGACAAGAUCCUCCGUGCCGGAGUUGCUCUUUGCGCACGUGCAGCUUUCCUCGGCCACAUCGAUGCCCUUAGGGAACUUGGUCAUUGUCUACAAGACGGUUACGGUGUUCGUCAGAACAUAACGGAGGGUCGUCGGUUUCUUGUUCAGGCUAACGCGCGUGAACUCGCCGCCGUGCUUUCGUCGGAGGCGGGUUCUUCCGUUACCGCAUCGCGUACGUUCCUGACGUGGAAUCCUCACCCUCAUCACCGGCACGUGACGGGCUCGGCAUGUCCGUUGUUAAGCGAUUUUGGUUGUAAUAUUCCGGCGCCAGAGGCUCAUCCAGCGAGUCAGUUUUUGGCGGAAUGGUUCGCGGCACGUGGGGGGUCGCCGGGGGAUGGUCUGAGACUAUGUUCGCACGUGGGGUGUGGACGACCAGAGACAAGACGGCAUGAGUUUCGUCGAUGUUCCGUUUGUGGUGCCGUUAACUACUGCUCACGUGCGUGUCAAGCAUUGGAUUGGAAACUCCGCCACAAGAUGGAUUGCGUUCCUGUGGAACGUUGGCUUGAUGACAACGGUGACGGUGGGGCCGAUGGGGUUGUUGAUAUGAUGGACGAAAGUUAAAAAAAAAAUGGAAAAAACAAAAACAAAAACAAAAUUUUAAAU